AUGUGCAGUCCCUGCUUCUCCCCCCAUAGUCUGGACCUUCCUGAGAUCAGACUGAACUCCAGCGCACUGAAGAAGACUGAAGUUGUUCUUCUGCCAGGAACUAGUUUCUCUCUGAGUUGUCAAGGACAGGCAAAGGUCUUCUGGAGGACCAGAGUCAGCAACAGAAUUCGCAGUUCAAAAAAUGUUCUCACUGUUAAGAACUCCACUGCAGACCACACAGGAACAUACAGGUGUAGCUAUGAGAACCAAACUGAGCUGUUCUCAGAGCUCCACAUCUUUGUGAAAGAUCCAGCUAAAUUCUUCACUAAAUCUCUCAAAAAAGUGAUUAUAGAGAGAGAAGGGUCAUCCUGUUUGCUGGACUGUCGUCCCACUGACCCCACAGCCACAGCGCUCUCCCUACGAUCAGCUGAUGGAUCUCCAGUUCAUCCUGAAUUGAACUACACUGCAGAUCCCAGACAGGGAAUCCUGAUCCAUGACCUGCAGCUCAGCUACAGCGGAGAAUACGUCUGCAGCAUCAGGGUUAAUGAGACUGAACGACUGUCCACAGUUUACUCCAUCACGGUCCAGGAGAGACUAAGGCCUCCCUCUGUGUUUAUUGAUAUGGAUGAAUAUGUUCGGAUUGCUGGAGAAACUCUGCAGAUCUCCUGCUACACCACAAACCAAAACCAUGCCUAUGUUGUCACCUGGCACAAUUCAGCAAUUAAGAUGCUGCAUGUGAAGGACAUAGUGAGUAGCAGCCAAGAUCUGGUUCAUAUCAAGAGUAUUCUGACCCUUCCUGAGGUCAGUGUGUCGGACACUGGAAAUCUGACCUGUACAGGCAGGAGCAGACAUGGAGAGAACAGUUCCACGGUCUCACUCACAGUUGUAGAUAAGCCAUACAUUCAUUUAACUCCGGUACUGAAGCUGAGAGGUCGGCAGUUUGGUGCUGAUGCUAAGGUGAUGGAGGGAGAGCUUUUGGAGCUCAGCGUGGAGAUUGAUGCUCAUCCUCCCAUCCAGGAAAAGUGGUGGAGUACCCCCAGAACCCAGAAUUCAUCCAUCUAUGAGGAGAACUUUUACAGGAUUGAGAGGAGUUACAGAAACGUGACCAGCCUCUUGCUCAGAGGAAUCAGAGCAGAUGAAAGUGGUCAGUACAUCUUCAGUGCCAGGAGCUCCAGUGUUAAUGUUUCUACACACUUUAAGAUCCACGUGUACCACAAGCCCAGUGUUGUGGUGAAAGAGAAGAAUGGUAUUCUAACCUGUAUCUCCUCUGGGUUUCCAAAACCAACUAUCCGCUGGCAACACUGUGAGAAAUUCCAAAGCACGUGUGGUCAGUGUAACAGUAAUCACUCAGUGGAUUUGCUGGCUAAACAGUUGACGCUGGAGCCGAUGGAUGAAUUCAGGCCUGUGGUGGAGAGUGGGCUGUCAAAGAGUAACAUAACAGGAAAAACUGUGGAGUGUGUGGCUGUUAACAGCGUUGGAGAAAGCUGUGAAACAUACUUCACUGCAGAACUUUAUUUUCUUAGCAGCACUUCUGAAGACUGGGGCUCCAAGAUGUUCACCACUCUCCUCAGUGGAGGGUCAGUUAUAACCGCUCUGCUGCUAGUUUUGUUGGGAAUUAGUGUCUACAAGUGCAAACAGAAACCCAGGUAUGAAAUCAGGUGGAAGAUAAUUGAGGCUAACGAUGGAAACAACUACACGUACAUUGACCCAACCCAGCUGCCGUACAACAACACGCGGUGGGAGUUUCCUCGUGACAGACUGACAUUCGGGCAGGUUCUGGGUGCGGGUGCUUUUGGUAAAGUGGUGGAGGCAGCUGCAUACGGUCUGGAUAAGGAUGAACACGUCACUCGGGUGGCCGUGAAGAUGCUUAAAUCCAGUGCCCACUCAGAGGAAAAAGAAGCCCUCAUGUGCGAGCUGAAGAUUCUGAGUCAUCUCGGACAGCAUGCUAAUAUAGUGAACCUGCUCGGGGCGUGUACUCAGGGAGGUCCUGUUCUACUGAUCACUGAGUACUGCAGCCAUGGAGAUCUGCUGAACUUCUUGCGCAGAAGAGCAGAGCUGUUCUUCAGCGCAAUGCUGCAGGAACCAGGUCCUCCAAACAUCUACAAGAACCUCUCUGACCAUCAGAGUCAGAUCGGACGGCACAGCGUCAACAGCUAUCAGGACAUGUCAGGCGUUAAAGACUGUCUACAGAAUUCCUGUGGUGGAGGAGAGAUGGAUCUGGAUGAUUUAGUCCGAUUUUCCACUCAGGUGGCUCAGGGACUGGAAUUCCUCGCCUCAAAAAACUGUAUUCACAGAGACGUGGCUGCUCGGAAUGUUCUCGUGACCGACUGCUUUGUUGCCAAGAUCUGCGACUUCGGUCUCGCGCGGGACAUCAUGAAUGACUCGAACUACGUGGUGAGAGGAAAUGCUCGACUGCCUGUUAAGUGGAUGUCUCCUGAGAGCAUCUUCGAAUGCAUCUACACCGUGCAGAGUGACGUGUGGUCGUAUGGAAUCCUCCUGUGGGAGAUAUUUUCUCUGGGUAGAAGUCCUUAUCCAGAUGUUGUGGUUGACGCUCGGUUUUAUAAGAUGAUCAAAGCUGGAUAUCACAUGGCACAACCAGAUUUUGCCCCUCCAGAGAUGUACACAAUUAUGAAGAUGUGCUGGAGUCUGGAACCAACUUUGCGCCCAACGUUUGGAAAAAUCAUACAGCUUAUUGCAAAGCUACUGCCUGAAUCCUCCGACCAACAAUAUGAGAACGUUCAGCAGGAGCUCCAACAGAAGCUUCCAUCAGUGCAACACGUUUCACUCAAAGCCUGCGAGGAUCCAUCUGACCGAACAACAUCUCAGGAGGAAGAGCAGCAGCCUCUAAUGCAAUUAAAUAACUACCAGCUGUGCUGAACAGGUGACCUGUAGUGUCCCUUAAAAGGCCAGUUUUAUUACACCUCUUUAACCUAAGAACAGCUCAACCAGUGUGCACUCAAGUCCCUGUAGUUACUGAAUAAUAAGCCUUAGUAUGUAAUAAGCCUGAGCUUUUAAGGGGUUAAGAACCUUUACAGCAAAGUGGAUGGGGUCAAAACUGACCUUCACUGGAUUUAAUGGCAUUUAAUUUUUCCUCUUUAUAACCUGUUGUAUGUGUAUUAUUACAGUAAAGUAUAAACUGUUUAAAAUCAGUGUGAGGGUGAAGUGUAAUCUGCUGAGAACUUCAUCAUCACCUCAUCUGACUUAUCUUUAGCAUUAGGUUCUAAUCUUCCUGUUUCAGAAGAAUUAUUUUCUAAUGAAGUCUAAUUUUACAAACUCUUUCUGUUUUUCUAAAUGUCAGCAGCUGAGAACAUCGAAGCAGCCUCCUGCUAAGCUGGUAAUAUAUGAGUGUAGAAACUAUACAUUUUAGCUAUUUUGUUUGUUAUCAUUUUACAGUAGUAAAUUCACAGCUGUCAUCAUUUCUUGAAACUUCGAACUAUUUUACAUCAAAUGUGCUAAAAAGUGACUUUUUAAAAAAUGUCUUUUGCAUUUUGCCAUAUAAUCAAUAAGCUUUUUAUUUCUCUUUGCACAAUUCUUGUUGUACAGUUUGCAAACAGAUUUCUGAUGUAAGUUCAUUUGA